CUAUAAGCCUCAGUCACUUGUUACUUUAGGUCUGACUGCCAUCUAUACGCCUCAGUCACUUGUUACUUUAGGCAGAGGUGGGGAACUACUUACUGAAGUGACAAACUGACAAACUGGUCUAUCGCCUCAGUUGCAUUUGAAGGAGAGAGGAAAACAUGCACAGCCUUGGGCUCAUCAAGUUAGCAUUGCUGAUUUCAGCAACAACACUCCUGCUGGUGAAUGGCCGUCCUGAUGCAGAGGUGGAGGUCAUACCUGGUCCUCCCGGACCUCCUGUCCCUGUGGAGGUCAUAGGUCAUCCUCCCGGACCUCCUGUGGAGGUCAUACCCGGUCCUCCCGGACCUCCUGGACCUCAAGGCGAACCAGGACCUGUCGGAUCUCCUGGAGUUCCUGGACCCGGUGGACCUCGUGGAAUGCCAGGACCUGUUGGACCCCCAGGGGCUCCGGGACCCACGCGUCCUCAUUACCUCUGUCACCCCCCCUACCGUAAGCCAGGACUUCAUGAUGACAUUUUUGAAGCACCUCCUCCAUACAAUUAUCCUAAUGAUGCACGCUUGGGUGGUAUCCAAGCAGGAUCUCCGAAUUUUCCCAGAUCCCAUAAUUUUAACGAUGAGAUGUCAGCAGAAGGAGAAGAUAAUUGAACACAGCCUACAGAUGAUCUUCUCAUCUCCCCCAUCCAGACAUGUAGGCUACAACUGAGAUGUUAAAAGAGUGAAGAACUUGGAAACAUUUGCAAAUCUAGGUUUCAAUAUGUGUGUAUUUAACGGUUUAAUAAAAAAUCAUCUCUAUAUAAGUUUAAUAAUUUUAAAUUGAAGCACUUACUGCACUAUUGUUUCAGCCCCUUCCUCCCCCUGCAUGGCUUAUAUGACCAAUUAUAACCCUGUUAAGUUGAUCUGCUCAUUAAACCUUUUACAAAUAAACAGACUGAUUAAAUA